AUGGAUGGUGUGAACAUCUCAUCUGGUGGGAGUUGGGAUGAGUGUGGGGGAAAGCUCUUCGAAUUAGUCCUCUCAAAGAUCCCUUGUCAUGUAGUUGCUUUUGCUUCGCUUUUCUUCAUCUUGGUCUCCAUCACAACCUUCUGCCUGGAGACACAUGAGGCCUUCAACAUUGAUGUCAAUGUGACGGAGACCCUCGUGGUUGGCAACACUACAACGAUCCUGCUGACACAUAAAGUGGAGACGGAGCCCAUCCUCACCUACAUAGAAGGAGUCUGUGUCCUGUGGUUCACCCUCGAGUUCCUGGUUCGCAUCGUCUGCUGUCCAGAUAAGCUUCUCUUCGUUAAAAACCUCCUCAACAUCAUUGACUUUGUGGCCAUCUUGCCCUUCUAUCUGGAGGUAGGUCUCAGUGGCCUGUCCUCCAAAGCUGCCCGGGACGUACUAGGCUUCCUACGGGUGGUCCGUUUCGUCCGGAUCCUCCGGAUCUUCAAGCUGACACGGCACUUUGUGGGUCUCCGGGUGUUGGGCCACACACUCCGGGCCAGCACCAAUGAAUUCCUGCUCCUCAUCAUCUUCCUUGCCUUGGGGGUCUUGAUUUUCGCCACUAUGAUCUACUACGCCGAGCGGAUCGGAGCCAAGACGUCUGACCCCCGUGGGAGCGACCACACUCACUUUAAGAACAUCCCCAUUGGGUUCUGGUGGGCUGUGGUCACCAUGACAACCCUUGGCUAUGGCGACAUGUACCCCAAAACCUGGUCAGGCAUGGUGGUGGGGGCUCUCUGUGCCUUGGCCGGGGUGCUCACCAUCGCCAUGCCCGUGCCUGUCAUUGUCAAUAACUUUGGGAUGUACUAUUCGUUGGCCAUGGCCAAACAGAAGCUGCCAAAGAAGAAGAAAAAGCAUAUACCCCGACCGGCCCCGCUGGACUCCCCGACCUUCUGCAAAUCUGAGGAAAACUCCCCCCGUAACAGCACCCAGAGCGACACUUGCCCCUUGGCAGUAGAAGAGGGGGCAGCUGAGCGGAAACGGUCAGACUCUAAGCAGAAUGGUGAGGCCAACGUGGUGCUGUCAGAUGAGGAGCAGCCGCUGUCACCGACUGAUGAGGAGAAGCGGCCCAUGCGGCGCUCCAGCACCCGGGAUAAGAACAAGAAAUCCUCCACGUGCUUCCUGCUGGCCACGGGUGACUUCUCCUGUGCAGCGGAUGGAGGCAUCCAGAAAG